AUGAAGAGGGUGGACGAGGAGGAGGAGGAGGAGAAGGAGGAGGAGGAAAGAAAGAAGAAAGUGGCAUGCAAAACUGUGAAAGCUCCGAAAGAGAACGACAGGACAGUUGCCCACAGCCGACCAACGCACCAUGCCAGACCACCUCAGCCUACUCCACCAACUCUGCUCACUCGAGCUGUACGUCCCUCAAGCCUGGCGCCCACGUCAUUAGUCGUUGCCUCGUCUUCGCCGUCUGUAGAGUUGACGACAGCGACGACAUGGCAACCAUGGCACUGGAGACUCUCCACUCGGCCGGACGCCGAGCCAAUUGAACCGCGAAUCAUCAGCAACCCGAUCGGACUGGCCUACACCUCGGAUCGCUCAUCCAUCCCGCUUGAAUGGGACGAUGCCAGUCUGGCCAUUUAG